UCGUGUUCGCGCUCUCGCAUCGUAGCCUGUGAAGUCGCGGAAAUUAUAUUUGCGAACUUUUCCAUCGUACUUCUUUUCGUAGCAAUAUUGAUCUUUUUAUUUUUUUUUCAAAAUAUAGACAAUUUACUUAUUGGAGGGUACUCGAAGACAUUUAUUGUGUUUUGUGAGCGUUUUGUUUUUUUUUUGGAUCCGCAAAAUAUACCGCUGAUUAUAUUCUGGAGUGAUCUCGCAAGCAACGCAAUAACGAGGUCCCUACAUCUACAUUCCUUCAAAUAGUGUCACAAACGAAGACACGUAGAGAUAAGUGACACACAAUAUACUUCUGAACGACACCAAUCCGAUACGAAACGAAGCAUAUAACACCAAUGCUUUACCAAACCUAACGAAUUACCACAGAUUUCAGUGAAAACAUUUCCUGAAAAAAAUAACAAAAUGUAUAACAUACCAGACGCUACCGCAGAGCUAUACAAUUUCAGCACGACAGUUGGGGAUAUGUUUAAUUCCACGAUGCCUGAAUUGUUAAACGACACAUUUAGUUCAGUGGUUCUGAACGCCACUGAUGCACUGCAUCCGCCGCACAGAAGCAGUCUCGGGAUGUUGAGGAUAUUGCUGAAGGUGGCGUACGCUGUGGGCAUCAUCGGGAACGCGGCGGCGAUACUUGCGUUAAGGAUUGGGGAGCGACGCGUGAGGAACAGGAAACAUCUGCUGCUUCUCACGUCCCUAGCUGUCAACGAUCUGGUCGCUUUGGUGGGCAUGCUGGCCGCCAUGCUGUGGGCGGAGCGCUGGGCGGGCGCGAGCGUGCCGCGCGGCUACUGCGGCGCGCGCGUGGCGCUGCGCGUGUUCGGCGUGGGCAGCGUGUGCAUCGCCGUCACCAUGGCCCUGGAGCGCUACCUGGCGCUCACCCGCCCCUUCCUCUACCAGAAGCAAGUGACGUACUGCAUGAUCUGCGGCGCGCUGCUGGUGUCGUGGCUGUGGGCGGCGGUGCUGACGUGCGCCCCGGUGCUGGGCGUGGGACUGUACUACGACGCGGCGCAGCAGGCGUGCCGCCGCUACCGCGAGGCCACGCACGGCCUCGACUUCGGCUACGCAGUCUUCUACGUCAUGUUCGGCACGUUGCUGUGCGCGCUGCUGGUGUACUGCAACGCGGCCGUGAUCCGCGCGCUGUACGCCAUCACCGCGCCGCGCGCCGGCAGCUGCCCCGCCGCGCCGCGCCGCGUGUCGCGUCGCAGCUGCGCGCGGCCCGCGCUGCGCAACGCCGCCACGCCCGAGGAGGUGGCCUUCAGCCGCCUCAUGGCCGCGCUGUCCGUGCUCUUCAUGUGCUGCUGGCUGCCGCAGAUGGUGACGUCGGUGCUGUACCUGUCCAUGGAGGAGACUGAUUGGAUGAAGGUGCUGAGCCAGCUGUCGGACGCGCUGAUGCUGCUCAACUACGUGCUGGACCCCGUGCUGUACGUGCUCAUGCGCCAGCGCCAGCACGCGAGCGUCGGCUCGCUGUGCCACUCCAUCGCGGACUGCUUCAAGCGGAAUCAUAAGACAUCGACGGAGUCAAUGAAGACGUCGUGCUGCCCACAGGAGACAGUGCUGGUCAGCGACAGCUCCGGCGCGGAGAUGCGUCCGCUGCGCCCGCCCGUGUGCCUCAAGUUGGGCGACUGACGCGCGCGCGAGCGGCCGACGCGCGACUCCAGACAUGCAGAUGCCUGUGCUGGCGCUGAUUUCUACAUUUGACUGCUAUCAUUGUAUCAACUUUCAUCGUUCUUAGGUAUCAAACGACAGACGCCACUGUAAACGUUUACCAAAUUCCACGGCCUUGCGCUGCCUAAAUACGACUCCCUGCGAAUUAUUUGAUUUUGUCGCUAUCUGCAGAUUAUCCGCCUAAGAAAAUUUUAUAUUUUAUGAAUAGUCUAGUCAUAAUUCUUUUAUCUGUCUCGCUGAAGCGAAAUUGCGAUCUUAUACCAAAUCUACUAUCUCUUGGAAGAAGCACUAUUUCUAAACAUGUUAUUGUAUUUUAGGGAUUUAGGUAUAACUAGUGAGCUUACAAAUAAGAUACCUGUAUAUGAAAGUAACAUAUUAAAUAAAUGUGUACAACAGACAGAAUUAAUGGAUCGUUUAGGGACUUAACAGUAUAUAAUACAGUCUGAUGAGUUGUAGACUAGCACAGUCCAAUGUCUGGGUGAAGUACCGAGUGUCUAAUGCUCCAACUACCGGAGCUCUAGAAAUACUAUGACAUGUUGCGUCGUACCCUAACUGUCUAAUAAGUACCUACCUAAGACCAAAUACUAAUGGCUGGAACCACGCAUAAUUUCUGUUAUUCCCGUUCCACGCAUUAUGUUAUACAGCCUAGAAUUUUUUUCCCAAAGCGCUAUUGCUACAUGUAUCCAGAUUAGAUUGCUCGCGGUUGGAGCCAGUGGCGUAUUUAAAGAUUCAGCGCCCGAUAAGUUUGGCCUCUCCAAAAUUAAUAGAAAAAGCAAAAAAUAUAUAUACACAAUAAUAUCCAACACAGCAUAGAGCAUAGCGGCUUCGUCCGC